AUGGCCUGUUGUAUCAACAAGGCGUCAUCGGCCGCUGCCGUACACCCUCUGGACCCUUUGUCUCCCGAAGAGAUUGCUGCAACUGUUCUGGUUGUACGAGCUCAACAUAGCAACGUCGUGUUCAAUGCAGUCACUUUGAAGGAGCCAAGCAAAGUAGAGCUGAAAGCAUGGCUGGCGUCAAAACAAGGGCCAACCGCCCUCCCCCGUCGGAUAGCAGAUGUGGUAGCGAUCGGUCAAGGCAGCAAAGUGUACGACGCACACGUGGACCUCACAGAAAAUAAACUGAUUAAAUGGGAACUUGUGGACGGUGUUCAGCCCAUGAUUACUCCGGAAGAUCUUCAAAUCGUCGAGGGCAUUAUCAGAAGAGAUGAAGGUGUUAUAGAAGAGUGUCGUAUCUCUGGAAUACCUCGCGAAGACAUGCAUAAGGUUUUUGCUGACCCCUGGACGAUCGGUUUCGAUGAACGGUUCGGCUCCAGCAUUCGUCUGCAACAAGCACUCAUGUACUAUCGCCCAGAUGGCUCCGACGACUGCCAGUACGCACAUCCGCUCGACUUCUGCCCAAUUUUCGACUCAGAUGCACUCAAGGUCAUCCACAUUGACGUUCCGAAAACGAGACGGCCGCUAGGAAAGCAAGCGCCUACCAAUUACCAUGGCAAGAAACAUGGAGAGUACAGGACAGAUUUGAAGCCAAUUCAAAUUUACCAGCCUAAUGGAGUCUCAUUCUCGCUUGAGGGGAGGAUUUUGAGCUGGGCUAAUUGGAAGUUUCACGUCGGCUUCAAUUACCGCGAAGGUAUCGUGUUAAGCAACAUCACUUUCAAUGACAAAAAUACGCACACUGGGGUACGCGACCGAUCAAUCUUCUCGCGUCUCGCUCUAGCUGAAAUGCUUGUACCUUACGGGAACCCCGAAGCGCCUCAUCACCGGAAACAUGCCUUUGACUUCGGCGAAUAUGGCGCCGGUGCGAUGUCUAAUAGCCUGACGCUAGGCUGCGAUUGCAAGGGUUCAAUUCAAUACUUGGACUUCGAUUGCGUGACUAAGCACGGAGCAGUGAGAACAGUAAAGAAUGCUGUCUGCAUUCACGAGGAGGAUGCAGGCAUAUUGUUCAAACACACUGACUUCCGUGACGACUCCUCCACAGUCACCAGGGCUAGAAAGCUCAUCGUCAGCCAUAUCUUCACCGCAGCCAACUAUGAGUAUUGCGUGUACUGGAUUUUCUACCUUGAUGGGACAAUUCAACUUGAAAUCAAGUUAACCGGAAUCCUGAACACUUACUCUCUUAACCCUGGUGAGGACGCCGCGCCUUGGGGAACUGAGGUAUAUCCUGGAGUUAAUGCCCACAACCAUCAGCAUCUUUUCUGUCUUCGCAUCGAUCCUAGUAUCGAUGGCGACAAUAACACAGUCAUGCAAGUAGACGCACUUCCCAGCGAAGAGCCCGUCGGCAGUGCAGGAAACCCCUAUGGUAACGCCUUCUACGCAAAGAAGACUAAGCUAGCUACAAUGGGUAGCAGCAUGUGCGACUAUAACGCUGACACUAGUCGCACAUGGGAUAUUGCCAACCCGAAUUGCCUGAAUCCGUACAGCAAGAAACCAACCUCAUACAAAUUAGUGAGUCGCGAGGUACCGCGCCUGAUGCCAAAGGAAGGCUCUUUAGUCUGGAAGCGCGGUGGGUUUGCCCGACACGCAAUUCAUGUUACGAAGUAUAAGGAAGAUCAAUUAUUCCCGGCAGGCCGACAUGUACCACAAACCAGUGGCGAGCCUUCUCUAGGUUUGCCCGAAUGGAUUGCCGCCAACCCACACGAGUCGGUCGAUAAUACGGACAUCGUUGUCUGGCACACGUUUGGUCUUACUCAUUUUCCCUCCCCGGAAGACUUCCCUGUCAUGCCCGCAGAGCCUAUGAGCAUCCUUCUCCGGCCUCGUAACUUUUUCACAGAGAACCCAUGCAUGGAUGUGCCGCCUAGCCACUCCGCGACUCCCUCUGACGUCAGGACGGGAAACAUCGGGUACACGGGAGGCAUUGAUGUCAACAAUAGAUGGGGGUUGCCACAAUCUAUGAAACACAAUGUUAUUAAAACGAUCGAAUCGGUAGUGAUCUUCACGGAAUCGUCAAUCACCACCGUGCCAGCAUGUAGAUGCAGCGAAGACCCCAUGCUGUACGUCCCUCCCGGGGGCUCAUAUCACGGAAAUGUUUUUGGCCGUAUGUAG